UUCCGGGGGAGUAUUCAUGAGGGCGCACCUGGUGUGCUUCGACAUAGUAGUCCGUGCUAAAAAAAGAAAGAGGUGUAUAGGUCACAGUUUUGUUUACACAAUGGAUGAAUUUACAACGUGUAACCUCGACUACCUUCCAGAAAACAUUUUAAUUGACGUGCUGUCAUAUUUGAGCGUGCGCGAGCUUGUCAGAGCUGGGAGAGUGUGUAAGCGGUGGAGACGUCUCGUAAAGGAUCAGAAACUGUGGAGACUUGUCGACUUGACUGCGUGGAAAGGGAUGACAUCCCGUAUCCUGUGGGUCCUUCUGCGCCAGUAUCUCGGUGGUGGACUAAGAUGCUUACGCUUGCGUGGUUUGCUCCUCUCUGUCCGUGGAGGCACCUUCCUCUCUGAGGCUUGGCUCAAAGCUUUGUCCACAAAGUGCCCUCGCCUGAGCAAGCUCUACCUUCUGCACACGGACUUUAGAAGCCUCCCCAGUUGCCAGCUCCUACCGCCAUUUUUGAAGGUGCUGGAGCUGCAAGGCUGUGAGCUGCCUCAGGGCUUCUUCAACCAGGACCUGCCUGCUUCGUCUCAAGAGAGCAUGCAGGCAACUUCCAGCGUUAAACAGAAAGGAACAAGAUGCGGUGCACAUUCUGGGAUUUCUAUUGAAUGUUUAAUCCUCAACAAUAUUCCCUCUUUCAAGGACCAGCAUCUGCAGAGUCUAACAUCAUGGGAGAGGCUCAGUCGACUGGAGUUGUGCGACACGUUUCGUGUGACUGCAAAUGGGCUCAGAGGCUGUGCCGCCAAGGAAGGGGUCUGUGGCUUGGAAGGUCUGUUCCGGCUUAAGUUUCUGGAAAUGAGCAUCACCACGCGGCAGGGUUACCAGAGGCCAAUGGCCUCCUCAGGGUUAGGAUCGGGAUGGCUCGGACUAGAGGAGCUGAGCCUUGGCGGCAAGGAGGUGGUACCCGGGUUCCUCUGCGCCAGCCACCUCAAGGACCUGAAGCGCCUCUACCUGAAGGCCUGCACUCUCGGCGAGAUGCAGAUCGUCCACAACUGCACGAUGCUCCGCCGUCUCCCCGGCUUCCACAGACUGGAGUUUUUGGAUGUGGUCUUCCAGCCUCGGCUGUGCCCACCCGAGGGAGAGGGCGUUGGUGAGGGGGAGCAGGAGGGCGAGGAGGAGGCUGCGGGCGGUGAUAACGAGAGCAAACCGGAUAAACUGAUUAGAAAUCUGAGUCGCUCGCUGGCUGUCGUCCUGCCAUGCUGCACACUGGCCUUCAGAAAUUGCUCUGUUCAGAUAAAUCCAGAUUAAGUGAAGCAUCCAAUUUAACUAAUGAAUCAUAGCACUGUUUCAUUUAAAUCUAGACCCAAAGUUUUGGAAGAUUAAAUUGUAGAAAAGUAAUUUGGUACCCGGAAAAUACCGGUACUUUACCACAUUGUCUCCAGUAAACGGUUUCAUUACAACUCUUAGGGGAAAUGAACCUGACAUCUUUUUCUGUAUAAAGCAGAGGUUGAGAACCUACCGCCCGCGGGUCAUACAGUAGUAUCAGGCCCAUGAGAAUGUUUGAGCUGGCCUGCCACGCAGUUCUAAAAUCAAGUCAAAUCCCAGAGGACUUGCUAUAUAAUGUCCUAAAACAUUUGCCACAAAAUAUCAUAAUACAAUGGUGACUUGAGAUACAAGUUUAAUUUGUUCUGUGACUCUCAAAUCAUCUUUUCCCCUUGAAAUGAGCAGAAAUACCAUCAAUCUGUUCCAGUCUUCCCCAAAUGUUUUUGUAAUGUGUACUGUAUUUUAAUGAGGAAAAAUAGCUUGUACUUUAUAAAAAUACAGUGAUGACAUAUUUACACAGAAUUAAAAAUAAUGUAAGUGUUUUUGUGGCCUUCUUGCUGCUCUUUCUGGUGUGCCUCCCUUGGCCACCUGGGGGCAGUAUAAGACACAGAUAUAUUGUUCAAUGUGAGGUAUCAACUCCUCAGCUCAUUAGUAUGGCACCAAUAAUAGUCUUUCUUGGAAGAGGAUAAAGACUAUACGACACUGAGUACUGUUAUUUUCUGCCUACAUGUGAUGGCACCACUGCAUAUAUGCUAUUUAGCGUUAUGAUUAAACUAAUAGACUGUAAGGCAUAGUACUUAAUGUUUUGAUCAUGUGUAGAAGCAAAAUCAUGCACUGUAAAAAUGCAUUAUACAUGGGUAGAAGGGUUUUCCAGAAUUUUGAAGUCAACUUUGGGGGUGCGUAUUAUACAUGGGUGCACAUUAUACACAAGAAAUUACGGAAUCUCGAAAAACUUGUAAGUUGAGUCACUUGUAUCUCAACGCACCAAUGUAUACAAUGAAUGUGUUGCGCUGGCUAGCACAUCUGCCUCAGAGUUCUGAGGUUUGGGUAUUGGCCUUCCAGUGUGGAGUUUGCGCUCCCUGUGCAUGCGUGGGUUUCUCUGGGUAUUCCGGCUUCCUCCCACAAAAACAUAUGUUAGGUUCAUUGAAGACUCCCAAUUGUCCUUGGGUAUAAAUGUGUGGAUGGCUUGUCUACAUGUGACCAGUCCAGGGUGAACACCCCCACUCACCCAAAGUCAGCUUAAUUAGGCUUACUCCUGAUCCCGGUGAGGAUAAGCACUGUAGAAGAUAGAUGAAUGGAUGGAGUUGUUUCAAUAUUGCAUCAUAGGUUUUUCCUACAUUUCGAAAUCUGCGAAAAAGGUUCCCCACACCUUCUGUAAGGCAACAAGUGCUGUAACUUGAUAAAAGUACUACUCAGUGUCAAGAAUCUCUUGUAAAUAAGUGAGUGGUUAUAUGCAUGUGGUGAUUUGGGGUUUGGGCUGUCAGACCUUCACAUUUGUAUAUACAAUAUGAGUCUUUUAAAACAAAUGCAGUUG